AUGACAUGCAGACUGAGACCGACGUCUGUUGGCGAAGAGCAAAAAGUGGAUUGUUUAAUUGGAAUUUCUUAUGAUUCUUCGCGAUGGCACUGCGUGUAUCCGUAUUUCGAGUAUCCGUAUUUCGAGUAUGCGUAUUUCGGUAUUUUUUGCCGCGUGUCGACGCCGCAACGCGCAAGGGAUUUGGAAUCAGCCCAACUCUUGCCCAACAAGCUUCAGCUCCCUUCUUUGGCCUUGCGCAAAUCCUGUCCUUGUCCUGCAAGGCGCGAUGCUGACAAGGCUGGGGAAAUGUGCUGCUCCGAGGUGCACCGCAGGCAGAAGCUUAGUUGGUGGUGUGAAGAUUCCAAUCUCCCGACGGUUGAAGCAGAAACAGAAAUUGUCGUCAAGUAUUCUCGUUCACGCGCGGAAAACAUGCUUCAUUUAUGUCCCUCAAUCCGCAUGUUUUUCUCAUCGAGAUGCACGGAGUUGUUUGUUCUAUUGAGAGAGAAAGAGACGACAAGGCCAGCAUUCCCGCGCGGCAACACGCCUCAACCCCAGACGCCCAUCUCUCACGAAUCACCACGCGAAACAUCCCCUUCUUCCAAACGCUCCCCGGAGGAAACUCAACCCCUCGGAGAAGCGCGCGCCUUCAGAUCUCCCGGUCCGACAUGUACCAUGCCGUGUCCCAGCGAACCGGCAGCUUGUAGCUGCUAUGUCUUAACCUUGAAUCCCUGCAGUUUGUAUUCAAUGGCUGGGACGUAA